AUGGCUACUACAAAUCCACCGUCAACAAAAACCAUUAAACAAUGUUCAACUGAAAGGAAACGGCUUAACCAAAGGUUUGAUACGAUCGAUGAUACCAAUGAUGGUUUACAAUUUUCAUCAGAAACAUUAAAUCAAUAUUUUCUAUCCGGUCAAAUCCCAUCAUUGAUAUAUCCAGAAGAAAAGAUCGAAUAUGAUAUCCUUCAGGAUCCUUAUCCUAUUGAAGAAAAGGAACUUGAUGAAGAAACCUUUUUAUCACAAAAAUUAAGUCAAUUAUCAACAAUACAUAAAGAGCCAAUGGACACAUCCACAAUAUUGGAGAAAAAACGACGUUAUAGUACUACGACUAGUCCCUGUGUUACUUCGAAGAAAAUGAAAAAAUCGGAUCAUGAUACGGACGAUAAUAAUGAUGAUGAUCAGGAUGAUGAUAUGAAUGAUAAUGAUACCAAACAAGAUCAAAUUCCAAACUAUUUAUCAAUGCAACAUAAGCCAUUUGUUUCUAUGGCUCAAGAUAUUAUUAAAAAUGUUCAUUCGAUUACUAUCCAAGAUAUACAACAAUUGGCUUUUUACAUACACCAAAUAGAAGCUCUUCGUAUUAAGAAACAGAUCACCACUCUCUAUUUACAAUCAGUCACAGGCACAUUAACACAACCCGAAUGUGACUUAAUCGAAGUUGAUCGACAAGUAUGGCCAAUGCAAGUCAAAUCAUUAGUAUUGGAUAAAUAUCCCGUGUCAACGGCAGCGACUAUAGCAGCACCAGCAACAACAACAACAAUGGGCACCAAUCAACCUGAUCGACAAAGUUUUUGUGAAAAACUCCUUAAUGACCGUAUCCAAGAGCGAACUGAAGAAAUUCAAUCGAUUGAAGAAAAAAUGAUCACCAAAAAAAAUACUUUAACUGAAUUAACAUUACAUAUGAAUGAAGUUAUAAAAAUGUUUGUCCAAGAAUAUGGAAUUAAACCACUUCAAUUCAAAUAUGAAUUUAAGAAGACUCUAACUACCUAUGAUUUUCAAUUGGAAAUACUUGAACGAAAAUAUAGACGAGAGUUAUCAAAUGAAUAUCAAUUGGAAAUAGCCACACGUCUGUCCAAUAUGAAACGCGAUUUCGAAAAAUCAAAACGCGUAUUAUUAGAAUUGAAACAAGGUGUCUUCUUCAAUAAAUCAUUUAUCUUUGCCGAUUCAAUUCAAACAUUGCCGUCAACUUCGAAUGAUACGACCUUGAAGCAUGAAAAUAGACCACGACCAUUAUUCAAUCAAUAUGAAAUUCAACUUCGAUGCAAGAAACUUGAUUCAUUAGCAAUACGUUUACCACUGGCCGAACAAACAUAUUAUCGUUUUCAAGAAAAAUUCGAUCAUGAAUUAUCUGCCAUGUGGAAAAGUCAUCGUAAUCUAGUUCAAAAUCAAGGAAUGACAACAUCACUAAUCAACUUACUCGAGCAACGUCUGAAUACUAUUACUGAUCGAUGGAGAGAUAUUUAUAAUUAUAGAGUCGAUUAUUUUCUUCAAAAUGCCUAUGAUGAAUUGGAUCCUAUGCAUAACAAUGAAACUUUGGAAUAUGUCAAAAUUAUGGCACCUUCAGCUUCAAUCUUGAUUAAUGCAACACAUACAUUCAAUGAUCAACAAUUACAAUUAUUAAGUCGUGGCCCAAGUUACGUACCACCCUGUUUAAUGUAUACUUCAUUAUCCAAUGAAUCUAUGGAUGACAUUGUCAAGAAACAAUAUGCACCAUUAAAACAUCAAAUAAAUAAUUUACUUUUUUAUAAUACAAAAUUAAUUUAA